UUUCUGUGAUCGUGCGUUUAGAUAACAAUGCAUUACCAGGGUGAGUCUUAUAUGGCAAUAAGGAACAUUGGGUCGGACCCGAUGGAGCGGUUGGCGAAGCUGACAUCGGAGAGCGCCGUCGUGAUAUUCAGCGUGAGUAGUUGUUGCAUGUGCCAUGCUGUUAAGAGGCUGUUCUGCGGAAUGGGAGUGAACCCGGCGGUGUACGAGCUGGACCAGGAUCCCAGAGGGGAAGAGAUGGAGAGAGCUCUGACGAGGCUACUCGUUAACUCGCAAGCUGUUCCGGUUGUUUUCAUCGGAGGGAAGCUGAUUGGUUCCAUGGAUCGAGUCAUGGCGUCGCAUAUUAAUGGAACGUUGGUGCCACUUCUCAAGGAGGCAGGGGCUCUCUGGCUCUAA